CAAGUCUAUGAAGUAAUUAUAUAUAUAUCACUAUUUCUUAACCAUUUAUCCUCAAGCAGACCUUAGCAACACAAAAAGGAUCAUGGUUCAUUAUGCUCUCGAUCGUUUCAAUCACGCCUCGGGUCUUGCCACGUAUGUAACCUGGCUCUACCUAGGUAAGCGCAAGGGUAGGGCUACAACGCAAGCUUCCAGGUAGCCUUCCAACCACAAACCUCGGUCAUCAUCACGAACACAAGAUAACUCCCAUCAACUCCGAACUCUAAUAUCAAGAUGACUACCUUAGAUUCCAUUGGGACCCGAACCACGUUAAGCAAUCUUGCAAGCGAAAUCCACCUCGAUAUCAUAGCCCGGCUUCCGUACGAUGCCAGAGCCAGCCUGCGACGGGCGAACAGCUAUUUUCACAGCCUCAUCCCCCCUUUCUCGCACAAGGACCUGCUCGUAGCAGAGAGAGAGGAGUACGCGGCCGCGCGCGACUUGCUCACAUGCAAAUACUGUCUACGUCUGCGCCACAAAAGCGAGUUCGGGGACAAUAUGACGAAGAAAAAGAAAGCUCGAGGAGGCAGCGAGAAUUAUAACCGGUUCUGUGUUAGAUGUGGCCUCCAUCCACCACUCGGUUGUGGGGCAUACAGUCCUGGGAAUUCUGUAAAAUGGUGUGGUCAAGAGUUUACGGUUGUGUUCUGUGUACGGUGCAGGAAAAUGGAGCUCGCAGAGGAUGAUGGGACAUUGGGGGAGUGUCGGCACAGUCGGAAAAGACGUAUUGAUAUUCUUAGAAAACAGGAGGAGCAAGAGAGGCGAGUAAAACGGCAAGCCGAAAGGGAGGCUUGGCAUCGACGUAUGGAAGAGUUUUUGGGAUCUGACACAAGUAGUGGUGGGGAAUUUGAUGAUUUGGAUAGCAAUCCAGAUGCGAAUUGGGAUAAUGAAUCAACUUAGGAAGUAAUUUAGAGGAUAAGUGCGUCGAUUUAGAUUGGUAGAUUUAGAGCUGCUUGAAUUCGAAGUACCUACCUAUGGUUUGUCUCGUCACGGGGUGCGUCUCUCGACGCAGGGACGGAUGUUGGACAGCCAAAGCAUCUUCAAGAACAUAUCACAUGCACGUACAGAGCAAAAGAGAAAAAAGAAAAAAAAGGAACGCGGAAGCGCAAACUUAUUGCGUAACGACCCUCUUAUAUUUCACCACGAGGCUAUCAAAAGUACUGGCCGCAUGCCAAGUGCAGCAGUUCUGGUAAAGGCGCCGCACG